GGUGCUCGGAGCGAUUGUUCCCGGCUGAGCAGCGGCAGCGGCAGGAUGAGCACGCGAGGGGAAGGAGCCGGCCAGCCUUCCACUUCCACUGCUGCCCAGGAGCAACCUGCAGCCGCAGCGCCGCAGAAGAGAGGACGGGGCAGACCCAGGAAGCAGCCACAAGAACCAACUGGAGAACCAUCUCCUAAAAGACCAAGAGGAAGGCCAAGAGGAAGCAAAAACAAGAGUCCCUCUAAAGCAGCUCAGAAGAAAGCAGAAGCCACUGGAGAAAAACGACCCAGAGGCCGGCCCAGAAAAUGGCCGCAACAAGUGGUUCAGAAGAAGCCUGCUCAGGAAGAGACUGAAGAAACUGAAGAGACGUCCUCACAAGAAUCUGCAGAGGAAGACUAGGAGACCACACCAUUUGAUUUCUACCUCAUCAGCAGUUGGGUCUUUUGAAGGGAGAAGACACUGCCUUGACCACUUAUUUUCUAUGCCAUGGUCUUUCCACUUAUGCCUGGGGGAAAAAAAUCACAUAACCUUAAAAAAGACUAUAUUAAUCACCUUCUUUGUAAUCCCUUCACAGUCCCAGGUUUAGUGAAAAACUGCUGUAACACAAAGGGGACACAGAUUACCGAUGCAACUUUUAAUUACUGUUUUCUUUUUUCUUAACCUACUAAUAGUUUGUUUGAGCUGCUAAGUAAGGGUGACUGGGUCAGGAAAGCUUUGAAUCAGAUUUAAGUCAUUCACUGCACUGCAUAUAAACAAGAGACUUGUAACAUAAUUAUAACGGGCAUUGAAAUAGGAAAGGCUUGGUGUGUAACAUCAUUGGCCUUACAACACCUCCAAGAACCCACUCUCUAGCUUAGUAAACUCCCUGUUUAGAACACCAAAGAUAAGGGAUAGAUACUACUCUUUUUUUUGUAACCUUGUAGAUUUGUACUUGAUUUUUUUAAAAACUUACUGUUAUUUCAGGAAGAAUUGAGAGCUGAUUUUUCACUUAAUUCAGCCGAUAAUCAAAAGAAAGGAAAAAUAGGUACUUUCAUUUUUCAAAAGGGAUGACAAAGAUACGUUGUAUACUUACAGAUACAAACAUAUCAGCAGAAGUAGUAAUAAAUUAAACUCACAGCACUCAUCUUCAGAAAACUAGAAAUUCAGGUAGACUCAGCUUUCCGCAGAGCCAGACAUUUUUUACAAAACUAGAGGUGACUAACACCAAAACACUCUCAAGCCAUAUAAAGACAUAGAUUUAUCAAUUACAGUGGUUUCGGAGGAAAAAAUCAUGAAAAGGUAUCCCAGAACAAAUCAGGAACUUAUCUGAACCAAGAAAAAAAUGUUUUGUUUGACCUCACCUAAUUUUACCCAUCAUGUAUCAAUAUUUCAGAGGGAAUGAAUCUCUUCUCAUUACUCACCAGUUUUGAUGUAAGAAUCAACAUCAUGUACCUCAAGUGAGCUUACGUAUUACUUUAAGCAAUAUACUUUGACAUAGGAUGGUUCGCUGGGCAGUUUUACUGCAGUGACAUUUCUCCAUCUUUUCCACUCAAAACAGCACUUUUAGCAACAGAUGCAAUAUUACCCCACUAUUCAAUACUACCUCUGAUUUUUACUUUUAACUCAACAGCCUGAUAAAUACAUGCUGCUAUACACAUACAAUGCAGGAAAUUAUUAUUGGGUAGAUAAUCAUGAAUAUCUCUAUUUUCUCCUUAUUUUUUUUCUUCAACACUUAAUGACGCAAUAUUUUUAAUGUGUUUCAGCAUGACUAUGUAUUUUUCUUUUUUUUAAUGUACUUAUUCCUAUUCUCUGCUAGAUUUCUGUGUAAUGUACUGUUAACUUGAAUAUAUUUUUGUACUGAAUACUCAUAGGUUUGUAAGGAUAAUUUUCAAUGACACUACAUGACAUAGAAAAAAAUUAGUUGUAAUGUUUAAAUAUUACUGUCCAAGUUUGUACCUCAAAUGAAUUGUUUAAAGAAAUGGACUAAUCGAUUGACAAAGACCUACCUCCAGACUUUAAAUGGAAUGAACUUGUUACUUUCAGCAUUAGUUUGAGAUGUUUGAAACAGUUAGGACUGCAACUAAUCCCUAAUUCAAAACUUUUUUGUAAAAGAACUUUGCUGGAAAUGAACACAUAUUAAAUUACUUUCAUAUUAAAAACAAAAAAAACCUUCAAAGAAACUUGAAGCUUUGUAGGUGGGAAGCAACAAGCUCAGCUUUUGCAUAAUGCAAUCACAAAUAUGUGUUUUUUAAAAAAAAAAAAUUAUUAGAUUGUAAGGAAAUACUUGACAAGUAUUUUCAUGUAUUUUACACAAAUGUGAUUUUUGUAAUGUUUCAAACCUGAUUUAUUUUAAAUGCUUCUUAU